AUGAAAGGAUAAAGAACCCCAACCAGAUUUGGAAUGUAAACCAAUAAAUCUAUCAAGAGAAACUACACUAUCGCUAAAAAUGUUUAAUUAAAAUAGAAUAGAAACAUUGACUUCGUUGAAAGGCCUUCAGCCUAUGAUACUUCUGUAAAAAAAACUUGUGAUGUUUGUAUAACUAAAAAGAUACAACUAAAGAAGCAUCAUGAAUAGAUAUAAAAGGUUGAAGAAAGUCGGGCGAAAAGAGAUGGUAGGCUAUUCGUACCAACUAAAUUUACCUUUGAUAACAAGGGAUGCAGAAAUUGCCAAUAAGAGUAGUAUAUAGUUCUCAAAGAUACUGUUGAGUUAGAUGUGAUUAAUUCUAACGAGAGAAAAAGAAGUCUUAAGGAAAAUAACUUCUUUUUAGAAAGCAUUGAUGAAGUAGAAGCUGGCACUAAAAGCUGUUCUGCAACUGAUGAAAGCUAGGAGGUCAAGAUUAUUGAGCAAUAGAAGAAAUAACCUAAGGUGAGAAAUGAAAAGAAAGUUGAGAGGAGGUUAAUGAAAGGAUAGAAUGGGAAAAAACCUUAAGUUGAAUACUCUGAGAAUGAGGAAGUUAAAAUUGAAGAACCACCUGUAAAAAUUGUUAGGAAAGAAGUAAGCACUUAUCAUAAUCAUGAAUUUGUGAUGGAUAAAGAAGACUAUGAGGAGAAGCAUGGUAAAAUCUAUUAAUCUGAGAGAGAAAGGAACAGUGACCGCAGAAUAAAUUUUAAAUUUCCUCGACCAAACAAGCCUGAAAAUGUACUUGCAUAGUUUGGAGGAAAAGGAUAAGCAGAUUUAUACAGAGAAAUCUAAGAUUAUAAAAAGAAGAAAAGUGAUAAAAAUUAUUAUGAAAGAGACAUAAAAGAUGAAAUGAAAAUUACGAAAAUGGGUCUGUUGUUUAAUUUUUGA